ACACUGCGAAUGGAGUUGUGGCCUUUGGAUACUCCGAACGUCAAGAGCUGAGGAAUCUGAAUCUGUCUGAACCUAGACUCCAGUGUAUCAUCCUCUUUGGUUAUCAUUAUAACUCUUAUCUCGUGUAGGUGGAUAUUCUCUCGCAUCUGUGUCAUACCGUGAUUCCCGUCAACAAUAAUUAAUAAUGGCUGAUACGACAGUGGAUGCAACAAGACGAUUGAAUGUCAAGAAACAGACGUUGGACGAUGCGUACGCUGCACCAGCUAAUUUUCUUGAAAUUGACGUGAUCAAUCCGAUAACUCACGGUGUCGGCAAGAAACGAUACACCGAUUAUGAAGUUCGGAUGAGGACUAAUCUGCCAGUUUUCAAGGUGAAGGAGUCCAGUGUGAGGAGGAGGUACAGCGAUUUUGAGUGGCUGAGGAACGAAUUGGAACGCGAUAGUAAGAUUGUCGUGCCUCCACUCCCCAGUAAAGCCUGGAAGCGACAGAUGCCUUUUCGAGGGGACGAUGGUAUCUUCGAGGACGAAUUCAUCGAGGAUCGCAGGAAGGGAUUAGAGAUUUUCGUUAAUAAGAUUGCUGGGCAUCCACUGGCCCAAAACGAGCGAUGUUUACACAUGUUCCUGCAGGAGCCAAUGAUAGACAAGAACUACGUCCCAGGAAAAAUAAGAAAUACGUAGACUCACUCCUUAACAUUAUUUUCCCGUGAUUUUUUUUCGCUGAGCAGUCUUUUGGGGUCAUUGCCACAUCCAUUAACUCCAAAAUAUUCACCGAGACCGGAGAUUUAUCGAUGUUAUCACAGUAUAUUUAUUUCUCUCACACCGAUAAGAGAAUAAUUCGGGAGAACAAGAAAUUGUGGAUGAAAAUUCAAUGACUUUGGGUGCUACUCGAAUUAAAAAUCUGAAGAUCUUUAAAAUUUUACCCUGGCUAAAUUUUUCAUAACGAUAAUUAAUUUAAUAGCGAACUGUUAAAAUGCUAUGAGUCAAAUUAAAAAUUAUUCGUAAUCAGCGAUUUAUCUCGAAAACUAUUGAUUGCUCGAAGAAAUGACAAAAGACAUUUUUUCUCGGUUAUUUAUUUAUCUGAAAAAAAGUCCCUAACCAUUUUUAUUGUAGAUAAAUAGUCUUCGAGAUAAAUGGAUAAUAAGAAAUGAAAUUCGAUGUGUGUCGCUUUAUCAAUUCGCUACUGAAUAAAAUCCCAAAUUUAUUCAUGUGGAGAUGAUGGAAACAACCAUGACAGGAGAUUUUUUGAUAUUUAAAAAUUUACAUUUACAUCGGGUGGGCGCAAAUGGUUUGUAAGUGCUAGCUGUAUUUAUAUAACAAAUACGUCUCCUUGAGACUCUUGUUUAUAUUCACUGCACCAGCAGUUGAUUUUUUCCCCUUUCGAAAUCACGACAGGAGUGAACAAGAACGUAAUGUUACAGUAUGAAAUCAUGUAGAAUUAAGGAUGAUAUUUCUUGUUGAACGAUUGAAAUGAAAAAUGUUUGCAGGAUGUGAUAAGGAUUAAAUUUUCGUCACUCCUUAGGCAACAGAACUUCUUUAUUUCAAGUAAUCAGGGGUGUGCGAAUUAUUCGAAGUGACGGAUAAAUAAAAAGACUAUUCUUCAAAAUCAUUAUGUAAAUCGCAAAAUUUUUUUUUAUUUUAAUUUACAAAAAAGACCAAUGAGUUAAUUCUCUAUUUUUUUUAGAUUUUCAUUAUUUUAUAAAAGGAGUAGGGGAGACGCGGGAAAAUAAUCGAUUGGAUGAAUCCAUUAUUCAACAUUUCACGUUUUCCACAAUUUUAUUACACUUGACUGAUUAAUAAAAUGUUCAAUUUCCAUAUAAGAAAUUUCAUGUUCAGAAUAAAAAAUGAGCGAUUCAAAUUAUGGGGGGUAUUUCUUGAGACUGUUGAAAAAUAAAAAAAGUAAGAAAAUAAUUAAAUUAGCAAAAAACACUGGGACACUGUCCAAAAUUUUUUAGCGAAAAAAAGAAACGACUGGGUGUGAGUUAAAAAGGCUUUUUCACACGUGUCCCAUUUUGCCCAGCUCUCCCCUAAUUGUCAAAUGAAUUUCCUUAACGCCUUUACGUUUUAGCCCACGAGAAAAAUAAUGCGAUUUGAUUCGAACUAUUGGCGCACCCCUCAAAAUAAUCUAGUUUAUACCAUAAAAUACGUUUGUAAUGCUCACAUUUUAUUUCUCAAUUUUCCAUCGAUUCAGUACGAAAAUCAAGCAGUACCUGCAUGGAUCAGUAAAAUAAAAAAUUCAAUAACUAAUGAAAAAUUGAUGAAACAUGCGGGUACUCGCUUUAUUGUACCCGAAAUAUUAAUAAAUCUCAUUGUGAUCGGAAUAUUAAAAUAAUACACGUAUAAUUUAAUUGAUAAUGCAAGGUAAUGUGGAAGAGGAAUUUUUAUGAAAAUUCUUAUGGUAAUUUGUACAUUGUAAUUGAGUGAAUCUGUCAAGCACCUUUUCGACAACAAUACCGUAUUAUAUCACAAUAGUGGUGUUUAUACCAGUUUGUUGCACUCAAUUAUAACUGGAGGCAGACAUAAUAUUGGAAAUUAUGAAUAAAAUCAUUACUUUUCAAGGA